UCACCCACUCUCACUCCUAACUCAAUCAAACACAAACCAAACAUCACUCUCACACCUUCAAUUUCUCUCUAUACAUUUCUUUUCUUCUUCUUCUUCUUUUUCUCAUUCAUAUCAAACACUCACACACAUGGCUCUGGAAGCACUCAACUCACCCACUGCAACUGCUCCAUCUUUCUCUUUCGAAGACCCAACCAUUCCAUGGGCAAAACGCAAGCGUUCCAAGCGUUCCCGCGACCAUCCUUCAGAGGAAGAGUACCUCGCUCUCUGCCUCAUCAUGCUCGCUCGCGGCACCACCACCACCGCCGCCACCGUUACCACCGCAACUAACCGCCACACCACCGUUUCACCGUCACAACACCCCACCCCAGAUCCUUCCACCAAACUCACCUACAAAUGCUCUGUUUGUGACAAAACCUUCCCCUCUUACCAAGCUCUCGGGGGACACAAGGCCAGCCACCGAAAACUCGCCGUGGCCGACGACCAGCCUACCUCCUCUGGCAUCACCGCCACCAGCACCGUCAGUACGACCGCUUCCGGCUGUCGUGCCCAUGAGUGCUCCAUCUGCCACAAGUCCUUCCCCACUGGACAGGCUCUUGGUGGACACAAACGUUGUCACUACGAAGGGAACAACAGUAACAAUAACAACGGAAACAGUAUGGUAACCGCCUCUGAAGGUGUGGGGUCCACUCACACCGUGAGUCACGGUCAUCAUCACCGGGAUUUUGAUCUGAAUAUCCCUGCUUUUCCUGAAUUCGCGACCAAGGUCGGAGAAGACGAGGUUGAGAGCCCUCACCCUGUGAUGAAGAAGCAGCGUCUCUUCGUGAUUCCCAAAAUUGAAAUCCCUCAUUUUCAGUGAAUUUACUUGCUUAGAUUUAUCUUGAUUUUCCAAUUAUUUGGAGAAUUUUGAGUGAUAUAUAACUUGAUUUUGUACAUAGUGCUUGGAAUUUUGUUGGAUAGUACAGGACCAGUUCUCCUGUUUAGGUUGUACUUUCAAUGUUGCAGAUUGCAAUUUGAUUCAAUUCAAUUGAUUUAUUUAUUCCAUUCAAUAA